CAAAUGAACAAAUUGGGCCUUGGGUAACCCUUGUGUUGGAGUGAGGCUAGCAGGAUUGUUUCCUUGCAAAACAAUAUGGUAAUUGGGCUUAUGCAUAGCAGCACACUCACUUGCAUCACAGAUUGUUUCCAUACCCGUUCUACAAAAGCCCAAGGACUACAUUUUUAUUUCGUUUGUGAGAUGAAUAUUUUUUUUCCUUUGGUCUGGAAAAGAAAGAAAGAAAAAAAAAAAGAUGGUAAUCAAAAAGAAAAUAAUGUAAGCUUAAAAACAUGGAAAAAAAAAAAAAAACAAGGUCCCACCGAGAUUUGAACUCGGGUUACUGGAUUCAGAGUCCAAUGUCCUAACCACUAGACCAUGGGACCGUUGUGCUAAAAUCCUCUAAAUUAUUAAUAUAACCAGUUCCUUUUUCAGUCUUCAUGAACCAUUUUACCAUUUUAGCUUCAUUCUCGGUGAGCACACUGGCGAACACCCAAGACCCUGAUGAGAAGAACCCUACUGAGAGCUCCCUUUUCUUUCUCAGCAACCCAUGUUCUUCCUCCGAGGCCUCCCCAUCCGUACAUCCAUGGUGACUCUUCAUCAGAAGCCUCGAGUUUUCACUCCACGUCAAGUUUCAGCUCAAAUCCCAGGUGGGUCUUCACCAACUCUCUUCCUCCUCCAGAAUGGGUAGAGCCUUUCAAUGAUGUCUCUGAUAUAGUAUCGAACCCACAAGACUUUGACCCAUCUCCAUGGGUUGCCCAAAUUCUCAAUCUUUUAGAUGGGUCUCAGAAGAUGGAAGCCAAUUUAGACUCUUAUUGUCACACAUUCUUGAUUAAAUUGUCUCCCAAUUUUGUUGCAUAUGUGUUAAAGUCUGCUGAGCUUCGUGGAAAGCCCGAAACCGCUUUGCGGUUUUUUGCUUGGGCUGGUAAGCAAAAGAAAUAUCAUCAUAAGCUUGAAUGCUAUGUGUCUUUGAUUGACCUUUUAUCUUCAUCUGGUGAUUUGGAUCGUAUUCGAUAUGUUCUUGCUGAACUUAAAGAAAAGAACUUUUUGAUGAAUUCUGCCGCUGCUAAUUCUUUGAUUAAGAGUUUUGGCUGUCUUGGAAUGGUUGAUGAGCUGUUGUGGGUUUGGCGUAGAAUGAAGGAGAAUGGGAUUGAGCCUAGUUUGUAUACAUAUAACUUUUUAGUGAAUGGAUUGGUAAAUUCGAUGUUUAUUGAAUCCGCUGAGCGGGUUUUUGAGGUUAUGGAAGGUGGGAAAAUUGUACCAGACGUUGUGACUUAUAAUACAAUGAUUAAAGGGUAUUGUAAGGCAGGGAAAACCCAGAAAGCAAUGGAGAAGUUCAGAGCUAUGGAGGGGAGGAAUGUGGAACCUGAUAAGAUUACUUAUAUGACUUUAAUACAGGGGUGUUAUUCAGAAGGAGAUUUUGAUUUAUGUUUGGGUCUUUACCAAGAAAUGGAAGAGAAAGGACUUGAAAUUCCGCCUCACGCGUAUAGUUUAGUUAUCAAUGGGCUAUGUAAAGGUGGGAAAUGUAUGGAAGGAUAUGCUGUUUUUGAAGAUAUGAUUCAGAAGGGUUGUAAAGCAAAUGUGGCAAACUAUACAGCUUUGAUCGAUUCAUAUGCAAAAUGUGGGAGCAUUGAAGGGGCAAUGAAGCUUUUUGACAGAAUGAAAAAUGAUGGGCUCAAACCAGAUGUGGUAACUUACGGCGUUGUUGUCAAUGGAUUAUGUAAGAGUGGGAGAGUGGAGGAGGCCAUGGAGUAUUUUCAGUUUUGUGAAGGCAGUGGGAUGGCAGUUAAUGCCAUGCUGUAUUCUAGUCUGAUCGAGGGCCUUGGAAAAGCUGGGAGGCUUGAUGAAGCUGAAAGGCUUUUCGAAAAGAUGAUUGAGAAGGGAUGUCCACAGGAUUCAUAUUGCUAUAAUGCCCUUAUUGAUGCCCUAGCUAAAGGUGGAAAAACUGAUGAAGCAUUAGCACUCUUCAAGAAAAUGGAAGAGGAAGGUUGUGAUCAGACAGUUUAUACAUACACAAUACUCAUCAGCGGACUGUUUAAGGAGCACAAAAAUGAAGAGGCAUUGAAGCUGUGGGAUAUGAUGAUCGAUCAGGGCAUCACACCAACUGCUGCUUCCUUCAGGGCUCUCUCAAUUGGGCUUUGUCUCUCAGGAAAGGUAGCCAGAGCUUGCAAGAUUUUGGAUGAGCUAGCACCAUUGGGUGUAAUUCCUGAGACAGCUUUUGAAGAUAUGAUCAAUGUUUUGUGCAAAGCUGGCCGUUUCAAGGAAGCUUGCAAGUUGGCUGAUGGGAUUGUGGACAGAGGUAGGGAAAUACCAGGACGAAUUCGAACUGUUCUAAUCAAUGCUUUGAGGAAAGCAGGCAAUGCAGAUUUAGCUAUGAAAUUGAUGCAUAGUAAGAUCGGCAUUGGGUAUGACAGAAUGGGUAGCAUCAAAAGAGUUGAUGUUCACAAUUCAAUCCCUGUAUAUUACAUCAUUCAAUUUAUUGAAGAAACUUUCACAUAAACGUUUUGGACCUUAAAAAAGUUGUCAAAGUGUCUAUUCAGCUGGAUGGCAGAAGAACCUAAUCAGUUCGCUUUGGCCACAUGGCAUGUUGAAUAUAUAUGGGAUCUCUGUAUCAGUACCCAGGGAAAGGCCCAUCCCCAAAGAAAUAAUCAAUCUGUGUUCCCCUUUGAAUGGCUGUCAAUAUCAAAGCUACAGUAUGGAAUUUUGUAGUUAUUUCAUUUAGAGAAUCUAGCUUGAUGCUUCGAUGAAGCUGGUAUGAAGGAUGGGUCCCCGACACAGUAAGAUGAAAUGAGGGUGAAGAGAGAUGCUUCAGUGUUGGGAUAGGAGAAAAUCUUGCACACCCUACUCAUAUCAACUGCUGUUUUCAUCAUUUGCAAAGAUGCUUGUCUUUCUAAGCCUCUAUCUUAUGUGAUUGUCCAUUAAUAUUAUUGUUUGAAUGAGGUCCCUCAGUGCCAUGAUGUUUUUAGAAUUCUGGUCAUCUGGCUUAAGUCCUUAGUCAAAAUUGGUUUUUCUGCUGCUGUCUUGCACCCAAUGUUAAGUAUAAACUGCUUGCUGAACUUGCAGCAUUAGAACUUUGGAGUUUUAGAAUGCAGGGGACUCAAAUAAUUGUUAAUUUGUUUAUUGGUUAUGAGUUGGCUAGUGCUAGAUUUCUUGUGCACAGUUGAAGUGAUAUUUCUGGAAAUCUGGUCCAGAGUUUUAAAUGUGCUCUAGUGCUUUCUGAGAUCAAUUUUGGUCCAGGGUUUUUAUAUUUUCUUUAGAGCUGCUUUCUGAGAUUAAUUUUGGUCCAGAAUUUUUAUAUUUGCUGUAGAGCAGCUUUCUGAGAUUAAUUUUGGUCCAGGGUUUUCUGGUUGUCUUGAGAGGGAUUUCCACAUUAAUGUCAUCAUCUGUUAUAAGAUCAUCUGUUAUAAGUGUGACUUCAUCGGUUUGCCGAAAAAAGCUUAUCAUGUCUAUUGGGAA